UGCUCGAACUCAUUCUAAGCACUUCCACCAGCAACAACAAUCUUAACACUCUCAAACACACACAAAUCUUAUCCCCUUUUUUCUAAAUCUAAAUUUCGGUUCGCCACCCGAACUUAAAUCCUAAACCUUAAAUCCGAUUUCGACUCCUGAGUUAGCCAUGAAGCGAGGCCGAGAAGAUCAAGAUGACCAAACUCUAGAUUUGGUCAAUUGUUUGAUGCUACUAUCCAAAAUAGACCAACCCGAUUCCUCCCCCACCAAAGCCGAAGAUUUAAAACGGGGCCGAGUGUUUACAUGCAAGACUUGUAAUCGGGAAUUCCCCUCGUUCCAGGCCCUCGGGGGCCACAGAGCGAGCCACAAGAAGCCGAAGCUGAUGCCCGGCGGGGCAGUCGACCUCCUACAGCUGGCGCAAUCUCCGGGGUCCCCCGCGAAGCCCAAGACGCACGAGUGCCACGUAUGCGGGCUCGAGUUUGCGGUUGGACAGGCGCUCGGGGGACACAUGAGGAGACAUAGAGAAGAAAUUCAAGGUAAUGCGGUUCAAGCUCGGUCGUCGCCGGCCAUGCCGGUUUUGAAGAAGUCGAAUAGUAGUAAAAGGGUGUCGAGCUUCAACUUGGACUUGAAUUUGGAUUUGAGAUUGGGUCUGCCUGGUCAUCAUAGCCAAUACGAUUUGGCGACGAAGCUGCAGUUGAUUUCUUGAUUUGGUCGAUUGAUUUAUUACAGAUGUGAAUUAUAUUUAAUUUAUUUAUUCCUUCCUAUAGAUAAUAGGCAGAUUUUUUUUUUCCUUUUUGAUUGGAUGUUUAUAUAGAAACAUAGUGGCGGAGGAUUAUUCGAUUGUUUUUUCCCCCGCUGUUUUGUUAUUGAUUUUAUGAGAUUUUGUAUUAUAUUUCUCUUAAUUGUUACGCGUAUUUAUUUGUAUAUUGCAAUGUACAUAAACAGAUCUUCUACCCAAUAAAAUCAAUUUAGUAAA